AUGCGGUGCUUCCCAGCGCUCGGCCGCCACCAGCUGCCAGGAUUUCGCGCUUCCAGGGCAGCGGUUUGCUGUAGGAAUCACGGCAGCGGCAGCGCGAAGCUGGCGACCGGGGUGUGGGAUCGAUUGAGCAGGGAUGCAGGGAUUUUGCUCGGCACUGCGGCGUUUUGCCUGGUCUCGGGAUUCAGCGUCAGCGAUUCCGCCCGAGCCGAGGCCGUCCCGCCUGUCGACGAUGUGGCUGGGUUGCCGGCUUCCGCGAUUCCUGAUCUCGCCAAGAAGAAGAGGGCGGUAGCCGAGAAGCCAGGGAAGAGCUCUAAGGUUCCGUCCAGGGUUCUUCGCGCAAAGGCCAAUGAGAGGACGCUCAAGGCGGUGCUAAAGACGAUCGAGGAGGAGCCGGGCAACCCGGUGGCUUACAAGGAUUUGCUCUCGCUCAGGAUGGAGAAUGGCGAGGUGAGGGAGGCGAUUGAGGUUCUGGGAAGGAGGAUCGAGUUGGAGCCGGAGCAUCUCGAGUAUAGAUUCAUGAGAGCCAGAGCUUACGGGUUUGUUGGGGAUGUGAGGCAUUCCAGGGAGGAGUUCCGGGAGCGUGUGGCGAUCCAACCUUUCUCCGCGAAGGCUUUGCAAGGACUGGCUUUAGCUAUGGAGAAAGCUGGAGAAGACGACUCCCAGGUUCUAGAGAUGAUCCAUGCCGCCGCGAUUGAUCAGCAGCAAAGCUUUGCAGCUCGCAACUUUAAGAUGCUUCUCGGCCAGAUUCUUACGUCUCAGGUGAAGCUGACAAAGGCUCUCGCUGUGGAGCGGAUUGAUGGCGCCAGACGUCAUGGAUGAUCUCCAGGAGCUCAAGGCGCUGCUGGAUCAAGCUAAGUGGCCGCGAGUGAAAUCGUUGCUCUCCACCGAGAUCGCAAGCAUCG